AUGCUUCCGUUAAUGCUCCGCGCUUCGGCGCGUCGGAACAUCCCGCGCCUGGCGCGCGGCCUGGCCACGGGCAAGGACUUGCGCUUCUCGACCGAGGCUCGCAACCUGAUGGCUCGCGGUGUCGAUUCGCUAGCCGACGCCGUCGAGGUCACGCUCGGCCCGAAGGGCCGCAACGUCGUCAUCGAGAAGAGUUUUGGCCCCCCGCAGAUCACCAAGGACGGCGUCACCGUUGCCAAGAACAUCGAGUUUAAGGACAAGCACAUGAACCUCGGCGCCCAGCUCGUCCGUAGCGUCGCCAACGAUACUAACAAUAUCGCAGGCGAUGGCACCACUACGGCUACUGUCUUGACUAGGGCCAUCUACUCGGAGGGAAUCAAGGCUGUCGCCGCAGGAAUGAAUCCUAUGGAUCUGAAGCGGGGGAUCGAUCUCGCCGUGGAGAAGGUUUUGGAGUCGUUAAAGUCUAUGACUCAAGCCAUCAGUACCAAGGAGGAGAUUUGUUCGGUCGCCACCAUUUCCGCCAAUGGCGAUGCCCAAGUCGGUCAGCUUAUAGCCGAGGCCAUGGAGAAGGUGGGCCGCGAGGGUACUAUUACAGUUUCUGAUGGCAAGACCGUCAGCGAUGAACUAGAAAUUGUCGAGGGUAUGAAGUUCGACCGUGGCUACAUCUCCCCUUACUUUGUCACUGACCCCAAGGCCCAGAAAGUAGAGUUUGAGAACGCCUUUAUUCUCUGUGUUGAGAAGAAGGUUUCCACAGUCGCCUCAAUCCUACCAAUCCUGGAGGGUGUCAUGAAGUCUCAGCGUCCUCUUCUCAUCAUUGCAGAAGACGUCGAGAGCGAAGCUCUUGCUACCCUUGUUGUCAACAAACUCCGCCUUGGCAUCAAGGUGUGUGCCGUCAAGGCUCCUGGCUUCGGAGAUCGCCGCAAAGCUAACCUCGAAGAUAUUGCCGUCAUGACUGGAGCCCAGCUUGUCAGCAGUGAUCUAGACAUGAAAGUGGAGGACAUGACACUCGAGGGCCUCGGUUCUGCCAAGAAGAUCACAAUUACCAAGGACGACACUAUUAUCUUGGACGGAUCUGGUGACAGAUCAGCCGUGGAUGAUCGAUGCGAAAUGCUCCGGGAUAGUAUCGAGUCCGCAAGUAGUGAAUAUGACAAGGAGAAAAUUCAUGAGCGCCUUGCCAAGCUCAGCGGCGGUGUAGCUGUGAUCAAGGUCGGCGGUGUUAGUGAGGUGGAAGUAUCUGAGAGGAAGGACAGAUUCACGGACGCAUUGAAUGCCACUCGUGCAGCUGUGGAGGAGGGGAUUGUACCAGGAGGUGGCACGGCACUUCUUCUUGCGUCACGAGAGGCCCUUACAAAUCAGAAGGGCGAAAAUUUUGAUCAGAACGUCGGCAUUGAAAUCGUUCGCAAGGCCUUGAGAGUACCAUGUUUCUCUAUCGCGCGGAAUGCUGGUGUGGAAGGAUCCGUUGUCGUGGAACGGCUAUUGAACCACACCGGACCGAGCCCGCUCGGAUACAACGCCCAAACGGGAGAAUAUGUAGACCUCGUCAAGUCUGGAAUUAUUGACCCCACGAAGGUACAGCGUACAGCGUUGGAACAAGCAGCGUCAGUGGCAGGAUUGAUGGCAACAACAGAGUGCAUGGUCGUUGACAAUCCGAAGGACGAAAGCGCUGAAAUGGCGGCUAUGGCAGCGGCCGCCGGCGGUGGUGGCGGAAUGGGAGGCAUGGGCGGAGGAAUGUUCUAA